CACUCAGAUCUAGCGUCCUGACGCUGAUUAGCCUGGUGGAGGAUGCAGGUGCAGUGUGUAAGGUGGUGUUCCUUGCAUAAACACGGGACAGGGAGGGCCAGCAGCAGAGCUGGUGUGGGAUCUCCUCCCGGCUGUCCAGACAGUCUGAGCCCUCUCGUGUCAGGGAGAUUCUUCAAACCCGGGGGAAGUUUGUGCAGGAGAUUACGAGACAGACCCAGCACAGACAGCUCCUGGCAGUGCUGCAGUGCAGGAAAAUGGAGCCCACCCCCUCCUGCCCAGGAGGGCAGCGGUGAAAUCACCAGAGGGAUUUGUUUGCUGGAAAGGGCCAGCACAGGAAUCUUUGAAGGAGCAGCUGAUCCGUGUAACCAUGGACAGCUUUGCAAAGGCUCCUCGCAGACCAACUCCGUGCUCUGGGGUGCGGCGAGGAACCUGCCCUGCCCCGCCCGCAGGGUCUGGGCAGCACCGGGGGCUCAGCCCCGCACAGGGGAGGGACCCCGGGGGGCUCCUGGCAACCCCCGCCCGCUCCCUCCUGCUGCGGGCCCGGGCCACCCUCCCUGGGAACGGGCCCGGGCCAUUCUCCUUGGGAACGGGCUCGGGACAUUCUCCCUGGGAACGGGCUCGGGACACCCUCCUUGGGAACGGGCCCGGGCCAUUCUCCCUGGGAACGGGCCCGGGACACCCUCCUUGGGAACGGGCCCGGGCCAUUCUCCCUGGGAACGGGCCUGGGACACCCUCCCUGGGAACGGGCUCGGGGACACCUCCCUAGGAACGGGCUCCGGGACAUUCUUCUCGGGACACCCUCCCUGGGAACGGGCUCCGUUACCGAAGUCACCGCGGGCCGGUCGCCGCAGGCUGAGCUGAGGACAGGGGAGAGGUGGGCAUCGCUCAGCGCAUCAUGUCGGUUCUUCCAGAUCUUCACCUGCAUUAUGUGGAGGCCUGUCAAAAUCUGAGCCAGCCUGAAAACCCCUUCAUUGCUCGUGUGCUUCAAGAAGCUGAUAAAAAUGAUGAAAUCAGAAGUACAAAAGGAAUCACAUUAAAAUUAGCUGGAAAUAAUCAUCUGGUGCCUGUGCCGAGAGUUACAGAUGAUGAUCUUGGAGUUCUUGUCUCUGUCUUAGGCCAAGCUGCCUUUGUCACAGGUUUGGAUCUUGCCUAUAAUUUAUUGACUGAUGCUGGAGCAAAGACCAUGGCAACAUUCCUCCAGGAAAACUCCACUCUGCACUAUCUGAACCUGAUGUUCAAUGACAUUGGCACAAGUGGGGCAGAGCUGAUAGCAGGAGUGCUCCAUAGCAAUCAAAGUCUUGUGCACCUGAGAAUGACUGGAAACAAAAUAGGAAACCAAGGUGGGAUGUUCUUUGCUUCAAUGCUAAAAAUUAACUCAGCCUUAGAGAAGUUGGAUCUUGGAGACUGUGAUGUGGGCCUGCAGUGUCUGAUAGCAACGGCCAUAGCCCUGACACAGAACAAAUCACUCAAAGCCAUAAACCUAAAUCGUCCUUUGCUACCCAGCCAACAGGAAGAGGCCACAGUUCAUAUAGCUCGGAUGUUGAGGAGUAAUUCUUCUCUUGUGGAACUACAUUUGGGCAAGCAUGAAAUGAAAAACUUUGGUGUAAAGCGACUGUGUGAGGCCCUGUAUGAAAACUCCAGCCUGAGAUACCUUGACCUUAGCUGUAAUAACAUAAUCUAUGAUGGUGUGGAGUUUUUGGGAGAGCUACUAAAAAGGAACCAAACCCUGGAGAUCCUGGAUCUCAGUGCAAACCGAAUAGAAGAUGUUGGAGCCAUUUACCUGAGCGAGGCCUUGGCAACGCGGAACAGGACUCUGCAGGCGUUGUCCAUUGUAAGCAACAAUAUCACUGGCAAAGGACUUGUAGCUCUUGCACAGGCAAUGCAUUCCAACAUGACACUUUCCCAUAUUUACAUCUGGGGGAACAAAAUUGAUAGAAGCACCUGUGUGAGCCUUCACCGCAGUGCAGAGGAAGUACCGCGUGUUAAAUCCCCGGUUUCCCUCACUGCAGGCAUUCUCGGAGCUGAUGGCGGUGGGCCGCCUGCAGCCGGGCUGCACAGACGUGGCUCCCUACGAGGUGGAUGGGGAGGUUCUCCUGGCAGAGCAGUCCCACGGGCUGGCCAAGCACCGCUACUGGAGCCCGCGCUGCGCCGCCGUGGCCCCCGGCGCCGCCAACGCCAGCCUGGAGAUCGUGCCUGUCUCCGAGUAUUUCUUUUGGACCUCGCUGUACCUUGCUGAAAGGCAGCAUUUCUCCCCCAGUUUUAGAGGGGAGGCAAAUGAAGGCAAGUGACAGGUCCCCCAAAUCCUCCUGUGAGCUCCAGGGGCCCCCAUGGUCCUCGUGCCAGGGUGGUGACAGGGGCUGUGU